AUGGCAUCAGCAAGUGUCGAUCCAAAGUACAAGGAAGAGAUUCAGCAUGUAGACCAGUGGUUCUGUUAUCUCAACGAAGCCGAGCGUACGGCUGCUAUUUAUUCAUUAUUGCAACACUCGAGCCAAGUACAAAUUAGAUUCUUUAUUACCGUACUGCAGCAAAUGAAUAACAAGGAUCCAGUUGAUGCCCUGUUGUCCCCUGCU